CCUUUACCAGUGCAAGGACUCCAUCAAUUCGAAUUUCGAAAUUCUGCCAACUGGAAAUUAUAGUUAUCCUGGCUUGCCGAAGCGACAAAAGAGCUGGCUGCUAUAUGCGGUAGGUAAACCAGUGUUCCAUAAGUCAGUAAAUGAUAUUUACGGCAGUUGGCUGAGAGAUCCAGCUGCUUCUUCGGACAUUGAUCAUGAAAAAACCUAUGUGACGGAAGAGAGUGAUACGCACAAUUUGUACGAGUAUCCAACGAAAAUGAAAUAUCGCAUGAAUUUCUCACCGCGUCGCAAAUACAAUAUUCCGGAAGGGUUUCAGGGAAACGCACAUGUCGUCUAUAAUGGAUCAUUUUACUAUAAUCAAUACAAUAGCGAUUUGGUCGUAAAAUUGGAUUUGGUAACAAUGAAGAAAAUAUCUACCCCAUUGCCGUAUGCUGGCACCGCUGUUGGCAAUCGAUUAUACUCUACCGACCACAAUUACAUGGACUUAAAUGUGGAUGAGGUGGGUCUGUGGGUGAUCUACAGUACUUAUGACUCCAACAAUACACUGGUUGCCAAGCUCGACGCGGAUACACUGAAGAUGCAGUACAAUUUCAAUAUCUCCUUGGACCAUCGCAAAUUUGGGGAAAUGUUCAUUGUAUGCGGCCAUUUGUAUGCGAUCGACUCAUGUACGGAGACAAAUUCGCAUAUACGUUAUGUUAUCGAUUUGUAUAAUGGAAAAUUGCUAAAUGUCGACCUGCCAUUCUCGAAUCCGUUCCGCAAGACAACUACUGUGGGAUAUAAUCCGCUUACCGUGGAAUUGUACUCGUGGGACAAAGGAAACGCGCUCACAUAUCCCAUUCGUUAUCGCGAGCCUACUAUUACCGGUGACCGAACAUAAAUAACUGUGGUGAAUAAGGCAACAGAAUUCCACCUGCUAACUUGGUUACAUACAUAUACAUACAUAUAUAUCGCUUCAACAUGUGUGUAUUUAUAUGUUUGUUCAUGCACACAUUUCAUUCCUUCUCACUCAUCUACAUAUUUCAGCUACAUAUGUACAUAUGUAUGUAACAAAGUUAGCAGGUGGAAUUCUAUAUAUAUAUA